AUGUGUACAUGCGUACAGAGACACACCCUUUUCCAACCGUCACUCAGUGCUGCUGCUGCUGCUGCUGCUGCUGCUGCUGCUGCUGCUGCUGCUGCUGCUGCUGCUGCUGCUGCUGCUGCUGCUGCUGCUGCUGCUGCUGCUGCUGCUGCUGUUGCUGUUGCUAGUUGUGAAAGUCAAAUGAGAUUCAUUUUGAUUGCAAUGUUCAGUAACAUUGUAUGGGACGUAAGAUCCGAAUUCUGCUGA